CUAAGCUGUCAGUGGCCCUGAUAAACCCAACAACAACAACAAUAUAAAGGAUAUAAGCACAAUUUUGUAGCACAUUCACAUAUUAGUAAGAUAAGUAGUCAUAUUUAGAUAUAUCUUUGGGCUUUGUCGCUUCAGAAUUUACGAUUUUAUAAGAUGGGACAAAUGUUAUUCCAUUAGUCACAAUGUAUUUGAGUGGAGUUAUAAUGAGCAAGUUACCAGCAAGUACAAUGAGCUUAAAACAGCCCACUGAAAGAUUUGGUUGAUGUCCGCCUGGAGUCUUGCAGUGUCUGCAAUGGAAGACACUGUCAUGCAGAUUCGGGUGUCAUCUGCAAAGGAAGACAUGGUGCUGUGGCUGACAUCCUUGUCUAUGUCAGAUAUGAAGAUGAGAAACAAGAUGGGAGCGAGUACUGCGCCUUGCGGAACAGAGCUUUUCACCGUAGCCGCCUCGGACUUUACUCUGUUGAUUACUACUCUUUGUGUUCUGUUUUUCAUGCUGAGAACAGAAGCCAUUAAAUUAUACAGGAAUAUUUUGCGUCAGCUGCAGCACUUACCAGACAAGUCACAGCGUAAAGAGAUAAGAGAAUGGGCUCGAGCUGAUUUUGAAACUCAUAGACAUCAUGAAGAUGAGGAAGUAAUCAAGGUGCUGAUUAUGCAGGGCAAGAAACAAUUAGAAGAGCUGGAAAAAACAAUUCGAAGAGCAAAGUCAUAAUUCUGUACAUAUCAAGCUUGACCAGGACCGGGUUGUGGAAGUAGGAAAUCCCUCAAAAUCCAUCAAAGGUAUAUGUGCUGUAUAUAAUAUUUGAGGUUGUUCAUCAGCUUGUAUUGUGUGAUACACAAUAAAUAAUAAAUGUUA